AUGAAGCACGCGACUCUGGGUGGCUUCUUGGGCGCGGCCCUGACUGCUGCCUCCUCGGCGGUGGCCGUCACCAUUGCCGAGAUCAACGGCAAUCGCUUUGUGUCGCCGCUCAAUGGCAAGGACGUCACAAAUGUCACCGGCCUUGUCACCGCGUCCAACGAGAACGGCAUCUGGCUCCGCGCACUGCAGCCGGACAAUGACACCCGCACCUCGGAGGGCCUCUACGUCUUUGGCAAGACCAUUCUCGGCAGCGUCAAGGUCGGCGACAUCAUCUCGCUGAACGGCCAUGUGGAGAUGUAUAGGUCCAACAAGAACUACAUUCAGCUCACCGAGCUCAGCCGUCCCACGAAUGUCGUCGUCCGCUCUAGCGGCAACCGUGUCGAGCCUCUGGUCAUUGCCCUCGACACCCUCUCGCCUCCUACGCAGGACUACUCCGGCCUUGAUGUCGGUGGCAUCUUUGGCGUACCCAAUGCCGUCAAUCUCGUCUCCACGUCCAACCCUAUCCUCGACCCGAGCAAGUAUGGCCUUGACUUUUGGCAGAGUCUGCUCGGCGAACUGGUCACCGUCAAGGGCGCAUACCAGACCAGCCGUCCCAACAACUUUGGCGACGUCUGGGUGCGCGGCGACUGGAACACGACAGGUGUCAACUCGCACGGCGGCAUCACCAUGCUGGAAGGAGACGCCAACCCCGAGACCAUCAUCAUCGGCUCUCCCCUCGAUGGCUCCAAGAACCCCAACAACACCAAGCUCGGCGACUACAUCGGUGAUGUGACCGGUGUUGUCUACAACGCCUUUGGCUUUUACCGUCUGCUGCCCCUUACGGCCGUCGCAGUCGCCACCCCGGCCAGCACCGAGUUCCCUCCUGUUGCCUUCAGCAGCACCGGCAACUGCAGGGGUAUCACCGUCGCCUCAUACAACGCCGAGAACCUGGCCCCUGACUCGGCCCAUCUGCCUCUUGUCGUCGACCAGAUUGUCCACAAGCUCCGCCUCCCCGACCUCAUUUUCCUGCAGGAAGUCCAGGACGACUCGGGUCCCACCAACAAUGGCGUCACCUCGGCCCGCCUCACCCUCACCACCCUCACCGACGCACUGUUCAGGGAGUCGGGCGUGGGCUACAACUUCACCGGAGUCGACCCGGUCAACAACCAAGACGGCGGCCAGGUCGGCGGCAACAUCCGCCAGGUGUACCUGUACCGCUCCGACAUUGUCCAGCUUUACAACCCCAACCAAGGCGGCAGCACCGACGCCAACGAGGUUCUCGACGGCCCCGCGCUCAAGUACAACCCCGGCCGCAUCGAUCCCAGCAACCAGGCGUACGCCAACAGCCGCAAGCCCCUCGCCGCGCAGUGGAAGACGCUCAAGGGUGGCAAGCCUUUCUUCACCGUCAACGUGCACAUGGGCAGCAAAGGCGGCUCGUCCACUCUCCACGGUGACCAGCGCCCUCCCUUGAACAACGGUGUUGAUAAGCGCACUAGCCAGAACGAGGCUGCCGCCGCGUUCAUUGCCGACAUUCUUGCCAAGGACCCCAAGGCGCGCGUCAUCGCUGCCGGUGACUUCAACGAGUUUUCCCAGGUCCAGCCCAUGCGAGUUUUCGCCGCCAAGUCCGGCCUGACCAACAUGGACGAUAUCGUCAGCACCCCGCCGGAGGAGCGCUACAGCUACCUCUUCGACAUGAAUUGCCAAACUCUCGACCACAUGUACGCCAGCCAGGCCCUCCGCAAGAACGCCAAGUUUGAGCACCUCCAUCUCAACACCUGGCAGGACAAUGCCGGUCAGGUCAGCGACCACGAUCCCAGCGUGGCCCUGUUCAACGUCUGCGGCUGCGCGUAG